UAGUCCUCGUAUUCAAUCACCACUCGAGUAUGGCCACUAAAACACUUUGUUCAUCUCUGCUCUUCCUCACAAUAACCAUGGGAGUUUGGAGCUGUCUAGUAGCUUCCUCUCUAGGUUACCAAAAUUCCAUGCGAUUGAGGCAUCAGCAGUGGAUGGCUUAUUAUGGAAAAGUUUACACAGACGCAUCUGAGGAAGACAUGCGCUUCAAUGUAUUCAAAAACAACGUUGAACAUAUUGAAACCUUUAAUGCCGGUCCUGAUAAAGGGUACAAACUUUGUGUUAAUAAAUUUGCCGACCUAACUAACGAGGAAUUCCGCCGGUUACAUAUUGGCGGGUUUGUGAAGCGGGACGAGGAAGCUGGACUCGUGUCCGCCGCAAAAUCAAAACCUUUUAGGUACGCUAAUGCCACCAACUUACCCUCCGCCGUGGAUUGGAGAAAGAAAGGAGCCGUCACACCCAUCAAGGACCAAGGCGAUUGUGGAAGUUGUUGGGCAUUUGCUGCAGUGGCGGCGGUGGAAGGCAUCAACCGACUGAAAACCAGCAAACUUGUUUCUCUUUCAAGCCAAGAACUCGUUGACUGCGACCGCAAAAACUACGGCUGCAAAGGAGGCUACCCGAACCGCGCUUUCCAAUUCAUCGUCAACAACAACGGUCUCACGACAGAGGAAAACUACCCAUAUAAGGGAAAAGAUGGUGUUUGCAAGGCUAAGGAAACGUCGCAAAAGGUGGCGAAAAUCUCCGGGUACGAGCAAGUCCCUUCCAAGAACGAGACGGCUUUAAUGCAAGCGGUGGCUCAUCAGCCGGUGGCGGUAGAAAUCGACGGCGGCGAGGUCGAUUUCCAGUUCUAUGAGAAAGGAGUGUUUAGUGGGGAGUGCAAGUCAUCCCUCAACCAUGUGGUGACGGUGGUCGGAUAUGGGACAGCCGCCGGCGAUGAAAAGAAGUAUUGGGUGAUAAAGAAUUCAUGGGGGACAACUUGGGGUGAAAAUGGAUAUAUGAAGAUUCAAAGAGAUUAUGCUGAUGAAAGAGGACUAUGUGGCCUUGCUAAGGCUGCUUAUUAUCCCACUAUGUAAAUUUAGACAGCUUAAGAGAAUUCCAAACAAGUUGGUCAAGCUGGUAUUUAUAAAUUGAACUUUUAAUUGGAGUA